UUCUAAACUCCUUGCUGAAGAUCCUUGAUCGAUCAAUUCACCUGUGUAGAGCUCGCCACCACAGCCGCCACCACAAAAUUCUUCAUCAUCUUGGAUCAAAUUGCUCUUCUUUUUCCACGUUCUAUGAUUUUCGCUGUGGGAAUCGUCCAUGUCGGUGGCUGCCAUGCCUAUGAAAAGCAAACACUUCUCGAAGUGAAGGUACUGUAGGGGUUUUUUUGCGAGUAUGGAGAGAGCUUGCGUGAUUGGCGCUGGUGGCUUCAUUGCGUCGUGGAUUGUUGCCAAGCUGCUGGAUCGAGGCUACACAGUGCAUGGCACCGUUCGAGAUCCAGACGACGAUGAGAAGUAUGGGCAUUUGAAGAAGCUCCCGGGCGCCAGCGAGAGAUUAUCACUGUUUAGAGCUGAUGUUCUCGACUAUGACUCGCUUGUGCCCGCUGUUCGUGGCUGCCAUGUUGUCUUCCACACCGCUUGUCCCGUUGCCCAUAAGUUUGAGGAUCCAGACGCUGUGUUAAAACCCGCCGUGGAUGGCACUCGAAAUGUGAUGGAAGCUUGCCACAAGGAGAAUAUCAAGCGUGUUGUGUUCACCUCCUCUGGAGCUGCCAUGAUUUUCGAUCCAAAUCGCUCUCGAGAUCAAAUCAUCGAUGAGAGCUGCUGGUCUGAUCCUGAAGCCUGCCGAAAGCACCAGCAAUGGUACAGGCUUGCUAAAACCGAGUCGGAGAAGCUCGUUAGCAAACUUGGCGACGAGUUUGGGAUCCGUGUUGUUGUCAUCUGCCCUGUUGUUGUGCUUGGCCCCAUCUUGCAAUCCAAGAUCAACGCCAGCGUUGGACUCGUGGCAACUCUGAUGAAUGGCUCGAAAACCAGCUACCCGAACAUAUACUUUGCACUAGUGGACGUGCGAGAUGUUGCCGAGGCACACAUUGCGGGCUACGAGGAUCCCAACGCCUCUGGCCGCUACUUCUGCAUUGCAUGCUCCAAGCUUUGCAAGGAGAUGAUCGAGACUCUCAAGGAGAACUUCCCACAGUACUCGUACCCAGAAAAGUGUGAAACUGAAGCAGAUUUAUUCGAGAAGUUCUUGAAUUUAUUUGAGAAGUUCUCGAACAAAAAGAUCCUGUCCCUCAUCAAGGAGUUCAUCCCCUACGAGAAGAUGCUGGUGGACACGGUCGCUAGCCUGCAAGAGAAAGGCUUGCUCUAAAUGCCGUGCUCAAAACUCCUACAAGCACUGGUACUCUCGCUACUUACAGAUCCGUCAAACACUUCCAGGAUUCAAAAGUGCAUAUCGAGGCGGCUCUUCGUUUGCAAAAUACGUUUUUCCACCCUGAAUUUUUCAUUAGCAGCAAAGUUUCUUCCAGCUUC